CUUCCCCUCUAAUGUACGGGGAAGUCACGCGCCUUUUGGCUUCUGCCGGUGUUUGAAAGCGCGAGAAGCUCGAGAGCUGCAGAAACGGGAGGGCGCGUGUGUUUGUUUGCAGCAACCAAACGUUUCCCCGGAGGAGCUGAGGGGAGGAAGGGAGUUCGAGGCGAGACUUCCGGGAAGAAGAUGAGUGUUGCGGAGGUGUUUUUAUAUAUGGAGAUGCUGUUGUAAACCUGGGAAUGCCGAAGAGGUAAGCGCUGCCGUUGCUGGAAACAGGAGGAAUAGAGGAAUUAAGCCUCGGCUUGAACACUAGGUGGACUUCCCAAUGAUGACAGGAGCUGCUUCUCCGAUCUUGUCAAGCAAGUUUUCUAUGCCAUGAAUAAUACCACCAUGCCCACUUCUGCUGGGCCAACCAAUGACUCCCUGGUGGGCUAUAUUCUAGUGCCGUUUUUCCUUAUCACUAUUGCUGGCAUCAUCAUGGCAGUGAUGAUGUAUAUCCAGAAAAAAAGGAGAUACGAUCGACUACGCCAUCAUCUGUUGCCAAUGUACAGUUAUGAUCCUGCAGAGGAGCUGCAUGAGGCUGAGCAAGAACUCCUAGUGGAGCCGGACGACACUAAAGUCAUGCGAGGUUGGGGAGGAUACCAGCCUUAUCGCAAUUCAUUUAUGGAUGUGAAAGCUUGAUGGUACUCAGCUCAGACUGAUCGUAAGAGUGUAGAUGGAUGACCUACCUGGCAUGUGUGCCAACCUGAAUGCCAUUAACGUUGCUGCCUUUCUUUACACUUCAGUACUACAGCCUCUUGCCAUGACUUCCAGUAACAGAAGGUGUAAUGGGUGCCAGCCAUGUCAAGGAGAUUGGCACUGGACACCUGAUACAAAGAGCAGCCUGAGGGGUUGGAGAAUUGUGUUUGGAACUAGGACAGCUUGCUAUGUGGCAUCAUUCUUCGUAUCAAUUGUCUCCUGAUUUGCAUUUUAUGUGGAUGAUGAGAUACAGGAGUUUAUGAAUUUUUGAGUAAAAUAUUACUGAAUAGCUCUUGCAUUAUGGGCAUCAAUCCUCAAAAGUUCGGCUUCAUUAAGCAAAGCAAAAACAAAGCAGUCAACCUCCAUUUCCUUUUGUGAACAAAGAGCAUCAGAAUGCAGCUGCUAUGAUAUUCCAGCACACAUUGCUAGCUGCCUUCUCUCCUUACAUGCUUAAGAAUGUAAAAGGGUGUAUUAUUUAAAAUGGUUGGAUUCCUGUAACAUGUUGCUGAACAGAUGCAAGCAAAGUGAAUAAAAUUGCCAAAUGCAUAACUCAGUGCUUGAGGGGUGGUGGUAUACUUCUUGAAAUAGGGAUAACGGGUAUAUGUCACCAGCUUUGGAAUUGUUUAUGUGUUACAUGCUGGAAGGAUGCAGUUUAGCUAGAAAGUUCAUAUAGAUGUUUAGCAUGUCUAUCAGAAAGGACUAUAGUUAUUUCUGAGAUCUAUUUUCUUUGAUGACAUGUUUGAGCUCAAUAGGGACUUACUGUAUAUUUGGUAUUUGAGAAAUCAUCUGUUUUAUAAAUAAAACUGAACCUGACUAGGAGUAACUGGCAAAACAAUCAAGCUUUUCCAGUACUAUAACCUGCUAUGCCUAUGUUUGUGAAUACAGCUUGUUACCAUUGAUAUACCUGAGAUGGACUGACAUAUUGGUGCAGUAGUGUCACUGCUGUUUUGCUGAAGCUGAAAAAAUUGUGCUACUCGUUGCUUGCUGAACUCAACAAAUGGACACAAAUUAUGCACCUAAUGAGAAAGCUGCACUGGUAACUUUGAGAAAAUGUCUUAAUGCCUUUAUGUCUUUUUCCCCCGAAGUUUUGAUUUUAAGCAAAGUUGGGGGUCUUCCACACAUUUUAAGAAAAUUGGGAUGCAACUUAUAUUGCAUAUAUCUGGUGCCUUUUGAGGUUGACAAUGUGUUCCUAAUGCAAAGAAAAAGAUUGGCAUGACAAGGCUGAAUGGCAAUGCACAUUGUAACUAUUGCUUCUCUUCCUAAACACACAAGAUUGAUGAACUGGUGGUGCAGCUACAUGGGCUGAAUUCAUGAAGAAAAUUAGUUGCCAUUUCCUGCAUCAUCUUCAAAUGAAAUCAAUAUGGACUCUGCACUGUAAUUUGUUUUAUGUUGUCCCCAUCUAUAUGCCUUUAAUUUAUAUCUCAUAUUGUUAUUACUCCUUGCUUUGUUAUGGGUCUGCAGGCAAAAAACUGCAGUCAUGAUUUACAUCCAAUCAUGAAUUUUAGUUUCUAAAUGUACUGAAUGCUUGUUCUUUCGUUUAUGUACUGCAUUUACUUCCAUACUACUAAAUGUCUCAAAAUAGAAAUAAAUUUCCCAGAUACAGAUUAUGUAUUUCCAUCCCCACAGCAGCUAAAGAAUAGAUUUAAGAGUAACCUUCAGCUUGAGGCAUUCUGAGUGUUAGAUUGCUACUUUGAUUUGUCAUAUGGUUGGAGUUAAUUUUCUGUUGGGCAAAAUGAAAAUUCCUGUUUUGAUCUUUGUAAAAAAUUAAGUCAAAUGCAGUGCACUAGUUGGAAUCAGAUAUACAAUUGGCAGAUAUCAGCUAGUGCCAGGAGCAUCAAGUCAGGAUGAUUUUGCCAUUCCUUCUUUACCUAAGUCAGCAGCUUAGGUAAAUCUUUUCUAUACCCCACACCCCUAGAACGCUUCUGAUAUAUUCUUGCACCCCUUAGAAAAGUUUGAAAUAACAGCAACGAAUUAUGCAUGUACGCUAUAAUUUUGAAAACCCAAGUUUUCGCAUCUUGCGUCCUCAGUUGGGAACCCCUGACCUGAGCAAACCUGUUCUAAACAGUUGAGCUCCCUCCAGAUCAGCAUUUGAGAGGCAAAUUGUUCUGUUUUUAGAAACAAAAGGGUUUUUUUUUUUUGUAAACAUCCAUUGGAUGCAAAAAUUAAAAUUCUAGAAUCGGUUGUAGUAGUGGUCCAUUAGUUGAUAACAGGAGUUAGAAACAAAAAGUAAUCUUUUUCUAUUUAGAGUAUAUUCAAAGUGACAUUCUGACCAAAAUAUUCUGCAGUGUAUCAUUAUGGUUGUGAAACAUGAAUUUGGGAUCCUAGCUGUAAUCCACUUUCAUUUUACAGAAAUUCUCUCCAAUUAGCUUUAGAGCAUAUUGCCAUCAAGUCUGUUUUGGCCCAGAAGCAUACUGAAAUACUCAUUUCAGAUCUGAUACUGAAGAACAUCUGGGGAUUCAGGUACUAUUUAUUGGGAAUGUGUUUCUGUUGAAUAUAGGUUACAUCUCUUUUAAAAGAAGUACCUUAAAUCUGAUUAUUCUUACAAUUAUUAGGGGUUAGGAAUCCACUAAAUUCUUAAAAAUGUAGACCACUUUUUGUCUCUGUUCAGAUUAGGAAAUAAAACCCAUGACACCCGAUCUAAUAAAGUUAGAAUUUUCUAUGUUAAUAUACUAUCAUGACAUGAUAAACUGCACCAACUUCUCUAUGCAGCUACUGAAACAUAUACAGUGCAGCCUUUCCAAUAUCUACAUUUCUCUAUCCAAGACUGUUGCUCAUGUACUUUCUUCACACAGUAGGAAUUGAAGAUAUUCAGACAGGUUUGACAAUUUUAAUUUUUUAAAGGUGUUUUUCUGGUGAUAGAUCUAAAAAUUCUAAAAAUAGUAGAAAGCAGGGAUUUUACAUCUCUCUAAUUAAAUAUUGUCGCCCAAA